AUGCGGGCAGCCGGGCUGCUCCUUGCUUGGGUGCUGCUGCGUCCUGCUGGCGCCCAGCAGUGUCACCCCAGCAGCCCUGCUGGUGUCCUCCGCUUCACCGACACCCAUGCUGAAAUCCGAGUGCCGGCGCUGCACCGCGUGCCCAGCUCUCUUGACCCCCUCUAUGGCCUCGUCCGACACUACCUGGACCUCAUCCAGCAGAAUCCCCUACCCACAGAGCUUCUCAGGGCAGCCCUGAACAACCCCAGCUCAGUGCGGGCAUCACAGGUGGUGCAGUACGAGCUGGGCUAUGUCAUUUGUGCUGCGGUGGCUCUGCUCUUCACCGUGGCUGUGCCAGUGGCAGGGCUGUGCUUCUGCUAUUGCCGGAGUCGGCGGCGGUGCGGGGGCCGCCUGCGUGCCCACCGGCGUUCCCUGGCCUGCCGGCGCCGCUGCCUCCUUGUCUGCCUCUCCAUCACCUCCAUCAUCAUCCUGACCAGUGCCAUCUGUGCCUUGGUCACCAACCAGCGAGUGAAGGAGCAGAUGGAGCCGGGGCUCGGUGCUGUGCCGGCCACGCUGCGCACACUGCGGCAGCACAUUGCCAACAUCCCCCAGGGCGUGCAAAUGGUGGUGGACCAGUUUGAAGUGCCCCGGCAGCAGAUAAUCUCUGACCUGGGGGGGGUGAGCCGCAGCGUGGGGCUCUCCAUCCACACACAGCUGAAGGCAAUGACCUACGCAGCACUGGCAGACCUGCAGGACAGGGCGGGAGACCUACAGACCUCGCUGCACCAUUUACAGAUUCUCAACAAGACGGUCCGAGUGCUGACAGCGGCACGGGCUGAGCUGGAGCCAGCACUGCAGGAGCGACGGCAGCGUGUGGUCGCACUCCUGGACGAUCCGCGCUGCACCUCCUGUGCCAGCGUGCUGGGCAGGGCACAGAGCCUGCAGCUGGGUGCUGACUACAGCAAGGUGCCCUCAGUGGAGAAGGUGUUGAAGACGUUGGCUGGUCUGCCCCGAAGUGACUUUGCGGAGAUGAUUCGGCAGGGCAAUGGUACUUUCAAUUCUAUCCCAGAGCUGGCUGUGGAGAGGAUGGCGCAAGUGAUCCAGGAGCUGAGGGAGGAGAUGGCCCGAGUGUCAGAGAAGGUGCAGACCAUAGCCGAUGGCUUCCCCCUCCCUGACUACACCCGGCACGUCAACAAAGCCCUGCUGAAGGCAGAGGACAGGAGCCAGCCUUUCCUCCGGGAGGUGGAGCGCUUCGAGUGGUACAGGUGGGUUGCAGGCACAGCGCUGUGCUCCAUCGUCCUCCUCAUUGUCACCUGCAAUGUGGCUGGGAUGGCUCUGGGUGCCUAUGGACUGUCCAAGCGGGAGGACCCAAGCGACUACGAGUGCCGAGGAGAAGCCGGUGCCAAGUUUCUCAUGAUCGGCGUGGGCCUGGGUUUCCUGUUCUCCUGGCUCCUCAUCCUCAUGGUUUUCACCACCUUCUUGGUUGGGGGCAACGUCCAGACGUUGGUUUGCAGGAAUUGGGUCAACCAGGAGAUUUACAAGUUUAUUGACACCCCUGGGAACCUCCCUCCGUCCAUGAACCUCACCCAGCAGCUCAACCUCAGGAAGGACUCCAACCUUACUGCUGCGUACAGGGAGUGCAAGAGUGGCGCGGGGCUGUGGGAGGUGCUGCAGCUGGAGAAGUCCUACGACCUGGAUGAGCACCUCAAAAGUCCGAAGUACACGGCCAACUUCCAAAAACGCCUGGGUGACUUCACGGCACAGCUGGGGGAUGUGCGGCUGCUCCGCAGUGAGGGCAGGAACGACCUGGAGACCUUUGCCCGCAGCGGUGUGGAUGAGGUGGACUAUGGGAGCUUCCAGGAGGAGAUGAAGAUCCCUGUGGUGCAGACCAGCCUCCCUGCUCUGGCUCGGAGCCUGGAGGGGCUGCAGAAGAUGCAGAGGAAUGGCACAGUGGCAGGACGGCUGGCUGCCGAGGCCAAGGCUCUGUGGCAGAUGCAGAACUCCACGGUGCAAACUCAGGAGGCGCUGGUGGUGAAGCUGGGGGAAAGUGUCCGGUUCCUUUCACGCUUGGCACCACACCUUCAGGAGCGAGUGAAGACCACAUUGGCCACCAUUGCAUCAGUGGAAGCCCGGUUGCCUGUGCAAGCCCAGCAGAUCCUCCGGCAGGAGAUCGGCUGCUUCACAAGGAAGGAGCUGCGCUACUUUGCACAGUACCUGCACUGGGUCGGACAGACGCUGAGGGAGGAUGUGGCUUCGUGCCAGCCUCUUGCCACAGCCCUUGACAACGGGAGGGUGAUCCUGUGUGACCGCAUUGCUGACCCCUGGAAUGCCUUCUGGUUCAGCCUGGGGUGCUGCACCUUCUUCCUCAUCCCCAACAUUAUCUUUGCCAUCAGGCUCACCAAGCAUUUCCGCCCCAUCCGCAACCGGCUCAUCUCUACAGGCUCAGAGGAGACCUGUCCCUUCCACAUCCCUCGCGUCACGGCGCUGAAGCUCUAGGUCAGGCUCUGCAGGUAUGGUGGAGGCUGAGACCUGGGCUGCUUGCUGCAUGCCCUAUGUUUCUGCCUAUCAAACUC